AUGACGGAGUCGUUAGAUCCGAACGCGACGCAACUCGCACGGCUGAUCAUCAGCGAGAGCUUCGGGGAGGUCGCGGAGACGGUCGCGAAGGUCCUGAUGGACAAUGGGCAGUCCAGACUGGAUGAAAUCGUGAGGGACGCCCAAAUGAAGCCGUCGCUCGUCAAACAGGCGCUCAUUGUGCUCAUCCAGCACAACCUCGUCGAGCCAGUCUUGUACGAGGAGGAGGCGCAUCUGCGAAAGAUCCGCUACACGCUCUACAAGGCCAGCAUGCCCCACAUUCUCAACAUUCUACGCAUUCCACGCUUCCUGCUACGCAUCCAGUCCGAGCACGGCUCCGUCGCCGAGGUCCUCAUGUCCACGCUCUUCUCCAUCGGCCGCUGCAACCACACCAAGCUCGUCGACGCCACCAUCCACAAGAUCAAGGAGCAGGCGGAGGCCAUCAAGGCUGAGCAGGAGGCCGCUGCCGGCGACGACGACGGCAUGGACGUGGACGGCAAGACGCAGGACCGCGUCGUGCCGCCGACCGUGCCGGAGCGCGCGGAGGUCGCGCGGCUCCUCGUGCGGCUCGUGCGGGAGCGGUUCCUGGAGCGCGUGCCGCCGUGCCUGCUGCCUCCGUCGACGCGCGACCCGCACCAGAACGCCCAGACGAACAAACGCGCGCGGACGACGCUCGCGGGCGCCGCCGUGGCGCCGGACGAGCGCAAGCAGGAGCUCAGCCAGUACGCCCGCGAACGCUUCCAGAUCCUCCACGAGAUGCACGAGGAGGCGGGCGGGCUGGAGCCGGACGUCGAGGCGAAGCGCAAGGCCGCGCUCGAGAACCUCGCGCGCGAGAGCGGCGGUCCGCGCCGCCCGCUGGAGGUCCUGUGGCGACCCAACGUCGAGGAGCUGAAUCGACGCAUGCGGCACGACAUCUGCGUCGAGCUCGUGCGGCAGAAGAUCGGCACGGCCGCCGCGGGGGCGCUCCGCGCGAUGCUCGUCCACCUGCGCACGCACGAGUCGGAGCUCCGACAGAUGCGGUCGACGGCGAUCGCCUUCACGGACGUUGUUACGUCGGCGAAGCGGCUGAGCGAGGCGGAGGGCGGGGCGGACCGCGGCGACGCUGUCGCGGCGCCGACGUCGUCCACGGAGCUGAACCAGGCGCUGCACGCGCUGUGCGAGCACACGAUGGAGGCGGUGGAGGAGGUGGGCGAGGGCCCCGGGGGCACGCAGUACGUGGUCAACCACGUGCGGAUCAUGGAGUGGGUGCAGCUGCGGGAGGCGGAGGCGCUGGUGCUCGCGCGGUUCGGGCAGCACGGGCUGCGCAUCGUCCGGAUGCUCAUGAUGCGUCAAAGCAACAUGGAACAGAAACAGAUCGCGGACGCGGCGAUGAUCCGGCCGAAGGAGGCGAACGAGGUGCUGUACAGCAUGAUGCGGGCCGGGUGGGUGCAGCUGCUGGACGUCGCGAAGACCACGGAGCGGCAGCCGCGGUCCUCGUUGUAUGUUUGGGAAGUGGAUUUCUUGAAACUGUGCCACAGGAUCGGAUCGGAGCUGUACCGGACGGCGGUGAACCUGUUGCGGCGGCUGAAUGCGGAGAAGGAGCGCGCGGCGGACGUGAUCGCGACGGUGCAGCGGGUGCAGGAGGAGGGCGCGAACAUCACGUGGACGGCGGGGCUGCGGCAGCGCAUCCUGCGGUUCUCCAACGUGCGGAACACGCUCGAGACGUCGCUGAUGCAGCUCGACGAGCAGAUCGCGAUCUUCAACGACUACUGA